UUAGAAUAAGGGGCGAGGGAGUUCCGUCGUUUUUACAUCCGCCUUCUUAUGUUGAUUGACAUAAGGUUUGCCAGCUGGAUUCCGCUGGAAAGUAAAGAAGUUCCCUGUCUAACCACCAGCUUCGGAAAAAUGAAAAGUUAGUGCAAAGGUACAUUCAGCGAGUUAACAUAUAGGCCUAUUUACGAUAAGGUGUGUAAAAUAUAUAUGAGAAUAUUUACGAACAUUGCUUAAAGCCAGGAUACAAUCUAUCCAUAGUCUCUGGCACAGUCGGACAUGAAUGCAGAGAAUGGAGAAGUGUUUUUUGGGCAGAGAGAGGAAGACAUCGAGAUAGAGGCUGGUCUGGGUUUGGAUGAGCCUUUCCUUUGCUCUAGUUCUCUUUACAGCACGACACCAAAGACCCUGGAGGCGUGGGCACUGGACCCCCAGUGUGGUCUGAAGGACAGUGAACCUGAAGAUGUCCUCCCUGCCAUCAACCCAAAUGAUGUCUAUCCCUCCGGUCCUCCUGGGGAGGUCUUCUCAGAAACCGACAGCGGUAUCUCAGAAGAUCCAAGCUCUGACAGCCCCCCAAGGGCCUCGGGGCCCCACCAGGCCCCGCCUGCCGUCUACCAGCUGGUGUAUGACAUCAGCAGUCUAAAUAACCUGAAGACAGAGCCAGAACAACAGAGUAUGGAUGUAAUUUCCAUACAGCUAGAUGACUGGAGCACCCACAUGCUGAUGUCUGAUUCUUGCAUUGUGAAUGAGCUGCCUCUGGCACCUACAGCAAAACCCGAUGGUGCACCAUCCACCAGCCUCAUCUGCAAAGAUGACCAGGGUCUGGAGAACCUGCCAUUAUACCCAGACCUCCAUCUUACCGAUGAGGAACAGAAACUUCUGAAUCAGGAAGGCAUCUCCUUGCCUAAUAACCUGCCCCUGACAAAGGCGGAGGAGCGCAUUCUGAAGAAGGUCAGGCGCAAGAUCCGCAACAAACAGUCGGCCCAGGACAGCCGGCGCAGGAAAAAGGAAUAUAUCGACGGCCUGGAGAGCAGGGUAGCGUCAUGCUCGAUACAGAACCAGGAGCUGCAGAGGACAGUGGAGCAACUGGAAAAGAACAAUAUAUCCCUCCUGACCCAGCUGCAAAAGCUGCAAGCCCUGAUCAAGCGGACAGCCACCAAGGCAGCACAGACCACCACUUGCAUUAUGAUCUUCAUCUUCUCCCUGGCCCUCAUCAUCUUUCCAAGUUACAGUCCUUUCAGCUGGGGUUCUGUAUCAGUGGAGGAGGGAUAUGCACAAACUGGAGUUAUUUCAAGAAAUAUCCUGACUGACCCCGCCUCCUCUUUGCAAAUAUCAGAGGACGUGGACGACGCUGACAUUCAUGGUGAAAUCCUGUCUUAUUCACCAGACAUGAGUCAAUCAGAUACCUUAGAUCGGACUUCUAGUCUACGACAUCAGCCAAUCGAAAGUCUGGAGGCGGUCCCUCAAGAAGGCGCAGACCAGGCAGAGAACCAAUCAAGAAACAGUUCGCUUCCAAAUGAGGGAAAAACAGACACGCUGUCUCUGGCUUUGACAUCUGCCAAAGGACAGGGGAGCAACGAUGCUGAUCCCACGAAACCAGCCCAUGCGGAUGAGAUGUGAACAAUCUUGUACGAAUAGCUUACUUAUGUCCUGGAGUUCUCCUGGGCUCUUAGAAUUGUGAGGUUCUUCAUCAGAUGAUUGCUGGCAAUUUGACAGGUUUACUUUUGUAGGCUAUGAUGGGCCUUCUGCUGGCAUGCUUGGUGAGCCACAUAGCAUAUUUGUAUCACUCCUUUUCUGUUUCGUUAAAUGGAUGAAGGAACAACUGUCGCCUUUCUGAAGAAUUUUAUCUGCGCAAAAACAACUCCAUGGAAACAUUAUCCCACUCUCCGUGUGCUUAUAGACAUGUGAAUAAAACAGGCAAGCAUAUAUUGAAGGAUUUUUUUUUUUGGUUAUGCAUUUAUGAAGAGUGGAACUAUUGUAUAAAUACAGGCCCUUUGUUUACAAAGUCUGCAGUGUCUUGCACUGUUAUUGGUCGUUUAAUGUAAUGGGUCUCUCAGCUGACCAGGGAGCAGCUCAGUAUCCCGCAGGAGGAAAUUCCUAGGAGAGGGAGGGUCUGGGCAUCUCUGCUCAGACUACGGCUCACACAACCCAGGCAAGCAGUGAAAAAUGAAUGAAUGUACAUACUGAGUUUCUUGUAUGGGCAUUUUUCUGACUGGAAGUAAAUUGCCUGUAGCUUUCCCUGCUUUUUUCAGAGUAACUGAGCGUUCAAAUUUGGAUCUGCUCAAUGAAAAGCACUUGCGUUGAUGAAUCUGACAAUUUGGAAUAAGCUUCCUCACUAAUUAUAGUCGAGUUACUGCCUUGCUGAUGUGUUGAAGACGGGAAAGAGUAUCAUAAAACAGUUCCAUUUCCACUACAGUAGGCCAAAGGUAUUUGUUGUGAAAUAUAGAAAAAACGUAGAACAUUAAAAGCACCGAUUAAGGUUACUUAAGUGUCAGUAACAAUUUUAAUAAAGUAUCGGUGAUUCCUGGA